AUGACGACGAACACAAACGCGUUGCCGACGGUCACCAUAGACCUCGUCCUCGACCGGCGCUCGACUACCGAAGUGCUGAGCGCGGUUUUACAUGCAAUACUCUUUCACCGUCUUUUUGGCACAGUGAAGCCAACGACGUUCCAGGUGCAGGACAUUACAAUUCCGGGUGUGGACGACGCGGAUACGAAGCAGCUCGUGGACGAGAAGGUCCAUGCGUUCUGGAGAGCGAUGGAGGGUGGUCCCAGUAAGCGCGGACAGAUAAUAGUCACCUUUGCUGAAAAGCGGGCUAGGAAGGGUUGGUUCUACAUGGGCGAGGAAGAGGUUCCUUGGGAGCAAUGGAUAGUCAACGCCGAGAUUCGUCAGCCAAAGUCGGAGCAAGAUCGCGUAUCGUUCAAUGCGGACCUUGCUUCUAGCCUUACCAAGGCCCUUCAGACGAUGCUCACCCACAUCUCCUCGGAAACCGGGCGUAAAGCUGUCCCACUCAUCACGAGCAGCACGGGGAUAUCGCCGUUCCCAUUCAAGGUGCUUGUGAAGGUCAACGGGGCAGAGGUCGGAUAGGAACUCAUGAGAUGCGUGAAGAGGCGAGUGGAUUUGUUGUACGACGUGUAAUAUACGGGGGCUGUUGCUUGUUUAUAGAUGUAUCAAGUAAGUCGAACCUUAAGUGUCCUCUAUAUUCAAUUGACUUUGUGGCGACAAGUCAAUGUACGAUUUCUGGUCCCAAUUCUCGUCGGAUACCUAUGGACUUGCUCCCUCCUACCGAUGACUACG